AUGGCCAAAGUUCCAACGUUCUCUCUCAUCGUCCUCCUUUUCUUAGCCAUUUCCCUCCCAACAAACUCUCAAGAAUUCUCUACAAAAGUUCCCAAGAGAGAGUUGCAGAGGUCAGAGCGCCUAAUUCGCCUCCGCUUCUUCUUACGCGAAUCCAUCCGUGGGGACGCGCCGUCGGCCUUGGUGGUGGCGCAGGCCCCCACCACCCCCACCUACCGAUACAACUUCGGCAGGGUGUUGGUCUUCGACGAUCCCCUGACUGAGGGGCCUAACCUCAGCUCGAGGGCGGUGGGGCGAGCUCAGGGGUUGUCCACGUAUGCCGAUGUAAGGGAAACAGGGUUAUUAAUGGUGUACAAUUACUUCUUCACCGAGGGGAGGUACAACGACAGCACGCUACAGGUGAUGGGGCGGAAUGCGCCGCGGUCGGAUGUGAGGGAUUUGUCGGUGCUCAGCGGCACCGGCCGUCUCCGGGGUGCGAGGGGGUAUGUUCGGCUGAGGGCAUAUUCGGUUGAUAUCCAAAGGGGCUACUUUGUGGAUGAGCAUCUUGUCUUUCUCAUCCUCCCUUGA